AGGGCGAGGGUGGGGGUCGCAAUGAUGCAGAGACCACACCCAUAUACUCUGCUGGGCUGGGGGAGUGGAUGGUAGCUCCUCCCCCUGUUGCACAGGAGGCCAGUCCUCCCAGUCCAAACACCCAGCCCCAGCUUCAGGGCCCUCAGGACAGGCAGCUUCAAUCUCCAAGCCCUCCAGACUUCCAGCCUCCCAGUCCACACACCCAGCUCCAGCUUCAGGGCCCUCCAGACAGGCAGCCUCCCAGUCCACACACCCAGCCCCAGCUUCAGGGCCCUCCGGACAGGCAGCCUCCCAGUCCACACACCCAGCCCCAGCUUCAGGGCCCUCCGGACAGGCAGCCUCCCAGUCCACACACCCAGCUCCAGCUUCAGGGCCCUCCAGACAGGCAGCCUCCCAGUCCACACACCCAGCCCCAGCUUCAGGGCCCUCCGGACAGGCAGCUUCAGCUUCCUCACCUUGCCCCUCCAGACUUCCAGCCUUCCACUCCACAUACCCAGCUACAGAGCCCUCAGGUCAGUCUGGAGGCACCAACCCCUCUGUCGAACAGCAGCCAAGCUCUGAACCCUCUACCUCAAGACCUCCAGCCUCCAAGCAGCGACCUAGAGCCCAGAGAACCAUGCCCCAAGCUGCACCUGGACCUAUAUAACUUCGACACCCCGGUGGCAGAAGGAAGCCGUUAUGUCCUGACCAGCCCCCGCUCCUUGGAGGCCUGCGCCCGCUGCGGGGUCAAACCCGUGGAGAUCUUGUCGCGCCCGUUGUCAGACUUCGCCCGUGAGGCCCCGGGACGGUCCAUGCGCGUGGCGACGGGCAUGUUUGAGGUGUAUGAGAAGGACAGGCACGCCAAGCUGAGAGCAUGCCGGGAGGAGAGAGAGAGGAUCAUACGGGAAGAUAAGAGGAGAAUCCUUCAGGCUGCAGUCAACGGACAUGCUGCAUCAUCAACAGAGGAACAGCACAGAGCACCAGUCACAUCCAGCUUAACUCCGCUAUCUAAACCAGGCCCUGUGGCCUCUAGUCCUACUAAAUCUAAACCUUCCCCCAGUAGUAUAGAACAGGCCUCUAGAGCUGCUUCUACAACACCAGGUCCAAGCAUUAAUAAAACUAGUACAAAUCUUCUAGCUAAAAGUAGCUCUCUGCAGUCUUCUAAGACCAGCUCAUUCAGCUCUGCGUCCUCAUCAUCUAAAGGUCUGGACUGUGGUUUUGGUUCUGCUAAACAUCCUAAAUCCUCAGAACUAACCAAGGCACCCCGCCCUGUCUCAGGUCCACCUCCAGUGGUCAGAAAGAUUCCCAGCAGCAGCACCACCACCACCACCCUGAAAGCCUCCAACACCUUCCCCAGAUCAGCCUCCAAACCUUCCUCUUUCCCCAGAACAACCACCUCCAUGACAUCCACCAUCUUCAAGAGGUCCGUGCAGAGCCCAGUCACCCCGACUACAGCAGCUCUCAAUGGCAUCACAGGGGGUCUAGGAGGGCCGUUCCCUCCCCACAACGGCCACAAUGUGUCCACUCCAAAGGGCAGAGGGAAGAGCCACUCCCUUGAGUCCCUACAAAGGAGGAUGGAUACAAUCUCCACCUCUACCACCACCUCCACCACCACCUGCACCUCCUCUGGAGAGGAGUCCGGCGCCUCCUCCUCCUACAGCUGGGAUGGACCCAGAGACCCCUGGGCCAAGUCCUCCUCCCCCCGUGCCCGCACCCUGGCCACCUUCAACUCCUUGAUGGGGAGGAGCCUUAGCCUUGGGGACCUCAGCCACUCCCUCCAGACCACCCAGAAGGUGGAGCGUAUCGUCAAGGAGGUGCGGCGACGGGGACUGAAGGCGGUUCCUGAGCGGGACAGGAAGAUCGCUGCUCUGAUGCUGGCUCGGUACCAGGAGGAGGACAUCAUGAGCCAGACGCGCUACGUGGCUCACCUGCAGUGGGACAGCGAGAAGCGCCUGGGGGACCUGCAGCGGGAGCAGGAGGACCGGGAGAAGCAACGGGCGGUGCUGCAGUGCCAGCGGGCGUGGCAGUCGCAGGUGUCCCACCGCCAGCGUCGGCUCAGCCAGCAGGAGAGAGAGUCGUCGGCCGCUAAGCUGCGUCAGGUGGCGGAGAGCGAGGAGCGGUGGAGGGAGCUGGCAGAGCUGCAAGAGCGCAGUAGGCAGCAGAGGCUCCAGCAGGCUGCCAGGGAGGAGAAACAGAAGAAGGAACAGCAGGAGCAGAACCUCAAGGCUCUAGAGGAGGACAGGGCUGCAGUGCUAGAGCAGGAGCAGCUACUCCUCAAGGAGAAACUUACCAUUGCUGAGCUGAAGAAGCAGGAGAAGGAGCACCAGGCCCACGAGGAGCGCCGGGGACUGAACCGGGCCGAGAGGAGGCGCCACGCAGCCCUGAUCAGGGAGAUCGCCCGGAGAGAGGAGGAGGAGCGGGAGGAUGCACGGAAGGCUGCUGAGGAGAAGCUGAGCCGUUCCCUGGAGAACUAUGAACAGAUCGUAGAGAGGAGAGACAAAGAGCUGAAGGAGAAGGCUAAGAGGGAGGAGCAGCAGAUUCAGAAGGCAAGGAGGUCUGCGGAGAAGAGGGAGAAACAGCAGCAACAGCAGGUGGAGGCCCGGGCCCAGGAAGCAGAGAGACGGGCCCAGCAGGCAGCUCUGGUGGCAGAGGAGAGGGCCAAGGAGAAAUCCCAGAGAGCAGUACAGAGCAGGCAGGAGAAGGAGAGACUACAACGACUCAACAGACAGCGUGUGGAAGGGGAAGAGCUAGCCAGGAGGAUGGAGCUCCUCCAGUCCAUCGAGAGGAAGCUGGAGAAGAGUGAGCAGAUCUUCAGGGAGAAGAGAGCCGUGCUAGAGAGCGCUCGCUCUACCGCCCGCGCCUCCUUCCACGUACGGGACCGGGUCAGGGAGGAGACCAACAUGAGGACCUUUGAUAAGAUGGAUCUAGAGGCCCAGUUCCAGUUCAAAUCCAGCCUGGAUGACAAGUGAUGAGGCACACCUUCAUGCUACUGGUGAACUACUGGUUACUGGUAACUACUGGUUACUGGUAACUACUGGUUACUACUAGUUAAUACCCUGGACUACUGGUAACUACUGGUUACUACCCUGGACUACUGGUUCCUGGUAACUACUGACUACCCUGGACUACUGGUUCCUGGUAACUACUGACUACCCUAGACUACUGGUAACUACUGGUUA